AUGCCGUCAGACAACUCCUCUGCCGGCACUCCACUCGCGCCCAGCGUCGAAAUGGCCUACUACCGCAAAUGUAUCGCGCUGAAGCGCCGCCUCACCGCCGUCGAAUCAGCCAACGACCAAGCCAAACUCCGCCGCGUCCGCCUCGACCGCGCCGUGAUGAAAAUGCGCCUGGAACGCGCCUACCUCCUGGACGAGCUACGCCGCCGCAUGGACCUGGACGUCGAAAACAGCGACGGCAGCGACGACGAGGGCAUGGCCACGCCGCCACAGGACCGUCCACAGAGGGACAAGCGCAGGAAAACCGGGACCGCGGCAGGCACACCCGCGGCGGCGGGCGCGAAACAGGAAAAUGGCAGCGCGGACGAUACCCAGAGUCAGUCACAGACCCAGCACCAGCAACAGACGCCGCUCCCGGGAAACCCGUAUGCGCGACAGAGGCGGGCGGGCUCAUCACACCGGAGUAACGGGCGCGACCGGAGUCGCGGCGCGGGCAAGGACGAUGGGAACGCUGGUGGUGAAGACGUCGAGAUGGGCGAAGAGGAAGGCGGCGAGGACGGCGAGGAGGCUGUUGAGGCGGCGGCGGCGGCGCCGAAAUCGCGGGGCGGAUCGCGGUCGAGGAGAGGGCAGGUCUCGGAGGGAGCGCGAAGUUCGGCGGGCAGAUCGGCGGGCUUCGCGGCGGUCAAUGGGGAUGAUUGA